CUCACACCAUAUGUUCCAACUUUCAACCAAAAUAAACACACAAUGGAUUUUUAUCAAGAGAAUCUUUCUCACAUUAACAAUGACUUUGAGUUGCAUGAUUUCAUUGAUGAUCCAAACUUUGAUCAAUUCAUCAAUUUAAUUCGUGGUGAGGAGAAUGAAGAUACUACUAUAUGUAACUUCAAUUCUGAUCUCACAAAUCCAAGUUUUGUUGAUAACCCAUUCCUUUCAUUUCCUUCAAACCCAUUUGAUCACAACAUAAAUAACACUGUUACCUCUUUUGAUCCAACUUCUUCACUCAACUCUUUCUGUUGUUUUGAUGGAGAAGCUAAGGGAGAAAUUAGAGGAGAAGAAAAUGAUGGAGAUAAUUACUCAUCUCCAACAACUACUACAAGUGUUGAUACUAAGCCACGGUCGAAAACCGAUAGAUCUAAGACUUUGGUUUCUGAGCGGAGGAGGCGAAGCCGAAUGAAGGAUAAGCUUUAUGCAUUGCGUUCUUUGGUUCCCAAUAUAACUAAGAUGGAUAAGGCUUCUAUAAUUGGAGAUGCUGUUUCAUAUAUGUGUGAACUCCAAUCACAAGCAAAGAAGCUCAAGGCAGAGGUUGCAGGACUUGAAGCAUCAGUAGCAAUGUCCAAAACUCAUCAAGGAUCAAUUGAAAACCACAAAAAGAUUCAAUUCAAUGGUAACAAUGGUUCAAUAUGCAAGAAGAUUGUUAAGAUGGAUAUGUUUCAAGUGGAUGAAAGAGGGUUUUAUGUUAAAAUAGUAUGCAAUAAGGGAGAAAGAGUGGCUUCUUCAUUGUACAAGUCUCUUGAAUCUUUGAGAGAUUUUAAUGUUCAGAAUUCAAAUUUGGCCACUAUUUCUGACAGUUUUCUACUUACAUUUUCGUUGAAUGUGAAAAACUAUGAGCAAGAAAUCAACCUGCCAAAUUUAAAGCUAUGGGUGAUAAGUGCUUUUCUAAACCAAGGCUUUGAAUUGAUACCUUCUUUUCAAUCUUGACACCUCUAAGCUUAUAUAAUGUAAUGUUGUAAUCUAAUUAAGGCUGCAUUAGAUUAAUUAUGAGCAUGAGUUGCAAAUAAAUCUGUAAUUUGAGCCAUUAUUAUCGGCCAAUAGAAGUGUCAAUCUUUUCAGAAAGAAGAACCUGUUGGUUCUCUGUUGCUAGUUCAGUGGUAAGUGUUUAGUUGUUAUAUAAUCUUAAGAUAGCGAGUUCAAAUUCUCUUGAGGAUAGUUGUAAAAAGGUUUAGCGUCACUUUGAUUAAUAAGAAAAAGUUUAGUGUUUCAAUC